CGUGUAAUGCUGGCGACGUGUGCAAUCCUCCAGAAGUGUGUAUCCCGACAGCUAAUGGAAAUCUUUGCUGUGCUCCUAACAACAUACAAAAUGUCGCUACUACCACUAGUACGAAUCCGACCACUACUGCUGCAUCAACAACCAGUUCAGUUAUCAGUUCUACCACCACUGCUGCUACCGCAACAGCAACCACUCCUCCUACGACCGUUACUCCAUGUCGAGACUUUGUUCAUCCAAGAACAGGCAUAUCGGAUUGUCCUCAACGUGCGUAUUUGUGUGAAAAUGCUCUCUACCGCCAAUUAAUGACUGAGCAGUGCCCAUUGACGUGCAACAAAUGUACUACAUCUACCAUACAACCACCAUCACCCAUUUUGCAGGAUAGAUUUACUCAUAAGCAUGUCAGUCAACCCGGCGCAGGCAGAGCUUGCCUAGGUUAUUACGUUUCUAAGACCAGCCAGCAGGUUAAAAUUCUCCCUAAGCACGAACGCUGCCCCU